UUUUAUCACAACUGGCAAUGCUAUCAAGUAGCAUAUGUAGAUGCUGUAGCCGUAAAACUUGUGAAGCGCGAAUUUGUUUAUCUAUUUACGUGGUUUAAAUAUAUUAACUCCAUUGGCGAAUAAUUUGAGAUUUGUGUUAGAAUUUAAUUAAAUUCAUUGAUUGCUUUUACCAAGGAAGUAGGAUCAACUAGUGGAACAGUAUGCGACCACCUACAAAACCAGGACCCAAAUCAUUUAAGAACAAGAGUUCUUCAAUGAAAGAAGUGCCAAGACGUCCGUCAACAGAUUUAGGUGAGACAGAUACCAGCAGCGAAUUGGACCAAGAUCUAGAAAGAGGUUUUCAGCCCACCCACAGCCACCACCGAACGAACGUUUCACAAAGACUACGUUCCCAGGGCAGUGUGGUGGAAUCAAGCCAAAUUGGUCCUCUACAACGGCCAAAGACUAAUAAGCCGGUGAAGCGCAGCAGAAAAGGCAUUUCGGAUCGAAACUUUUUGAAAAGUUAUAAGCAACUAGCAAGUCGUGUGGAUUUUAUGAUAUCUCGUGCCGCGUUUUCUCGUGUCGUACGUGAAAUUUUAUUAAGUUUAGGUACGGAUGUCCAAUAUAUAACACAAACCGCUUUUGAGGCGCUCCAAACAGCCACUGAAGCUUAUGUUGAGGGUCGAUUGGAGGAUGCAAAUUUAUUGGCAUUGCAUGCGCGUAGAGUCACCUUGAUGGUUAGAGAUCUGGAGCUUAUAAAUUAUCUACGGUCGCAGGAAAGGUAAAAAAAACAAAAUAUUUCGGAAAUACUAUGAAAUAAAAUGUAACUUUCCCUGAAUGUGUAUUACUAAUUAUAAUUCAAAAUAUUUGUUUAAGCAGAAAGUUGUCACCUUUAAAAAAAAGUAAUUCAUUUCGCUUGUUCAUGUUAAUAAACAAAAAUACGUGUUA